AUGCGAUAUUGCAUGAAUAUUCAGUGCAUUGUCUAUGUCGACGCUGACUUCGACGGACAUCCGGACACGAACAUCGAUGGUGGUGGUCAGAUGGCGUUCGAUGGUGGCCGUGUUAACAUCAACAGUGAUACCGAGGUGUGUAACGACGAUACCGAGGUGCGUAUCUGA